AUGAAAAAAAAGAAAAAUGUAUCACAAAUAACGACAGUAAUAACAACAACAGAAACAACAGCAGCAGCAGCAAUAACAACAGAAGAAUUAUCAUUUACUUCUGUGUCAAAUAAUAAUUAUCUGAAAUGGAACCGAAGCUUUUCUAUUGUUGCUGGAGGAAAUGGGGAUGGAAAUGACCUAAAUCAAAUUAGUGGUACUCGAGGAAUCUAUAUUGAUGAUGAAAAACAGACGAUUUAUAUUGCUGCAUACAACAGUGAUCGGAUUGUUGGUUGGAAAUUCGGUGAAAAAAGUGGUAAAAUCGUUGCUGGUGGAAAUGGACAAGGAAAUGAAACUAAUCAAUUGGAAAAUCCAUCAGAUGUAACUGUCGAUAAAAAAAAUGAUUUACUCAUUAUUUGUGAUAAAGGAAACGAACGCGUAGUACAAUGGUCUCGUCAAAAUCGAACAAGUCCAGAAAUAAUUAUUCCCACAAUUAAAUGUACUGGUGUAACAAUCGAUAAUGAUGGAGAUAUUUAUGUUUCAGAAGAAGAAACACAUAGUGUUAAACGAUUCAAACAAGAAGAAGCAGAGGGAACAACAGUAGCAGGUGGACAGGGGUGUGGAGAAGGUCCAAGUCAGUUAAAUGAUCCUGCUUACAUUUAUGUUGAUGAACAAUAUUCGAUUUAUGUAUCUAAUAAAUAUGCUCGUGUGACAAAAUGGAUAAAAAAUGCAAAAGAAGGAAUUAUUAUUGCUAAGGAACAAAUUCCAGAACCUAUUCACUCAUGGCCGAAUUUUCCGUCCGGAAUGGCUGUCGAUCAUUUUGGUAAUGUAUAUGUGUCAGAACCUCAGCAUAUACAAAUAAUGCGCUGGUCAGAAGGGUCUGAAGAAGGUUACGAUGUUAUGAAUGGAGAAAAUGACGAACAACUACCACAUCUGUUCAGUGGACCUGCAGCUAUAUCAUUAGAUCGAGAAGGAAAUCUAUAUGUCGUUGAUGUUUACGAGCGUUACAUAAUGAAGUUUGAUGUUGAUGUUAACUAA